AUGGUGGCAGUGGGACAGAGGUUGAUCGCCAAAGAAGACACAAAGCAGCAGCAGCGUUACAUUAAAGGCUGCCUCAGUGAGGGGCCCGGGGAGGCCUGCCUGCAGGCCCCCUUCCUCUGUAAGGGCCACACAGAUGCCCUGCUGCUGGGUCAGAGCAGUGACCUCGGCUUGGGAUCCCAGAGCCAGUGGAUAUGCAGUGGAAUCUUGGCCAUUUGGUUCCUUUACCCCAUGGGUCACACAGGCACAUUCUUGCUGUGUAGCCAGCCCCACAGGGAGAGCCUUCUGCGGGUCUGGCCUAGGCCAGGGCCAUCCUUUGGUCUCCUGUUACCAGUAACCAAUUCUGAGGAGCUGUACACACAGCCCCCGCCUCUGGGACCCGUGGAACACAGCAGCGCUAUUGAUGAAUCGGCUCCUAAGGAAGUCAGCAGGUACCAGGAUACGAAUAUGCAGGGAGUGGUGUAUGAGCUGAACAGCUACAUAGAGCAGCGUUUGGACACAGGAGGCGAUAACCAGCUGCUCCUCUAUGAACUGAGUAGCAUCAUUAAAAUAGCCACAAAAGCUGAUGGAUUUGCACUGUAUUUCCUUGGAGAGUGCAAUAAUAGUCUUUGUGUGUUCACCCCACCGGGAAUCAAGGAAGGAAAGCCCCGGCUCAUCCCUGCUGGGCCCAUCGCACAGGGUACCACUGUCUCUGCUUACGUGGCCAAGUCCCGGAAAACAUUACUAGUAGAAGACAUCCUUGGGGAUGAGCGAUUUCCAAGAGGCACUGGACUGGAAUCAGGGACCCGCAUCCAGUCUGUUCUUUGUUUGCCGAUUGUCACUGCAAUUGGUGAUUUGAUUGGCAUCCUGGAGCUGUAUCGGCACUGGGGCAAAGAAGCCUUCAGUCUGAGUCAUCAAGAGGUCGCAACCGCCAAUCUUGCUUGGGCCUCGGUAGCCAUACAUCAGGUGCAGGUAUGCAGAGGCCUCGCCAAACAGACUGAACUGAAUGACUUUCUACUCGACGUAUCAAAAACAUAUUUUGAUAACAUAGUCGCAAUAGAUUCUCUACUUGAACACAUAAUGAUAUAUGCAAAAAACCUGGUGAAUGCCGAUCGUUGUGCACUUUUCCAGGUAGACCAUAAGAACAAGGAGUUGUAUUCAGACCUUUUUGACAUUGGAGAGGAAAAGGAAGGAAAACCUAUCUUCAAGAAGACCAAAGAAAUAAGAUUUUCAAUUGAGAAAGGGAUUGCUGGUCAAGUAGCAAGAACAGGGGAAGUCCUGAACAUUCCAGAUGCCUAUGCAGACCCUCGCUUUAACAGAGAAGUAGACCUGUACACGGGCUACACCACCCGGAACAUCCUGUGCAUGCCCAUUGUGAGCCGAGGCAGCGUGAUAGGGGUGGUGCAGAUGGUGAACAAAAUCAGUGGCAGUGCCUUCUCCAAAGCGGACGAAAACAACUUCAAGAUGUUUGCUGUCUUCUGUGCUUUAGCCCUACACUGUGACAACAUGUAUCACAGAAUCCGUCAUUCCGAGUGCAUUUACCAGGUGACCAUGGAAAAGCUAUCCUACCACAGCAUCUGCACUGCCGAGGAGUGGCAGGGCCUCCUGAGCUUCAGUCUCCCUGUGCGUCUCUGCAAAGAAAUCGAAUUAUUCCACUUUGACAUUGGUCCUUUUGAAAACAUGUGGCCUGGAUUUUUUGUCUAUAUGGUCCACCAGUCCUGUGGGACAUCCUGCUUUGAGCUGGAAAAGCUGUGUCGCUUCAUUAUGUCUGUGAAGAAAAACUACCGGCGGGUUCCUUACCACAACUGGAAGCAUGCGGUCACUGUGGCCCACUGCAUGUAUGCCAUACUCCAGAAUAGCCACGGGCUCUUCACCGACCUCGAGCGCAAAGGGCUGCUGAUCGCGUGUCUGUGUCAUGACCUGGACCACAGGGGCUUCAGUAACAGCUACCUGCAGAAGUUCGACCACCCCCUGGCGGCUCUGUACUCCACGUCCACCAUGGAGCAGCACCACUUCUCCCAGACCGUGUCCAUCCUCCAGUUGGAAGGGCACAAUAUCUUCUCCACCCUGAGCUCCAGUGAAUAUGAGCAGGUGCUUGAGAUCAUCCGCAAAGCCAUCAUUGCCACAGACCUUGCUUUGUACUUUGAAAACAGGAAACAGUUGGAAGAGAUGUACCAGACUGGAUCGCUAAACCUUAAUAAUCAAUCGCAUAGAGACCGUGUCAUUGGUUUGAUGAUGACUGCCUGUGAUCUUUGUUCUGUGACAAAACUGUGGCCAGUUACAAAAUUGAUGGCAAAUGAUAUAUAUGCAGAAUUCUGGGCUGAGGGGGAUGAGAUGAAGAAGCUGGGGUUACAGCCCAUCCCUAUGAUGGACAGAGACAAGCGGGAUGAAGUCCCCCAGGGUCAGCUCGGAUUCUACAAUGCCGUGGCCAUCCCCUGCUACACCACCCUCACCCAGAUCUUCCCGCCCACAGAGCCUCUCCUCAAAGUGUGCAGGAAUAACCUCAGCCAGUGGGAGAAGGUGAUCCGCGGGGAGGAGAGCGCCGUGUGGAUCUCAGCCCAGCCGGCGGCCCCAGGGGCCUCUGAGAAGCUGCCAGCGAAGAAGGAUGACUGACGCUGCCGCAAGCUGCCCCCCGAAGAUGCUCGUCUUGCUUUGACUGUUCGUCCUUUUAUUUUUGUGGGGGGAGACCUACACCUGGUGCCUGGGACGCAGACCUCUUCAGGAAGGCGACGUCAAGUGAAUGUGCUGAGCAGGGGCCUCCCUGCCAGCCUCAUCGGUGGCUCAGUACACAGAGGACCACCCCAGGACGAGAAGCCACCUGCCCAGCAACUCCAUUCGACUUGCAAACUGGCCUUUUCUAACGGCUAACAUUGCUGAGGCCUUAAUGGGAAUGGACACAAAUUGUUCAGAAAACAAAGCAUGUCGACAUUUUUUUUUUUUUGCAAAUGAGACUUACGGAUAUAAAAAUGUAAAUUUUUAAUAAUGGUUUCUUUAUGUUUUCCCUGGGUGUCAUUUAGACUCACAUUCACAAUUAAAGAUUUGGUCUAUGAGUUAUUUAAUUAAUAUACCAUAUAUUUAUUUCUCUGAAUAUCAAAUUAAACCAUAAGUUUAGGUCUUCUUUAGUUCUUGCUUUGACCUGCUGCGUCAUCUUCCAUUACCCCUUUCUUUGUGUUACUCAGUCAUGUCUCAGAAGUUUUCAUCCCAUGACGGAAAAGUAGAAUAUAGUUCAGCUGCAUUGUAGCUGAUUUCUGUUCUCUCUGCUCUGCUUAAGGUAAAAUAUUUACCUGGAGACCUGGCUUGAAGAAUUUCUUCUGUAUAAUUUUUGGUAUUGUAGACUAAUAGUGCUCCGCAAUGUAAAUGUUUUGAAAAAACAUAAAUCUGAACCUAAAGUAAUAGUCUGAACCCCUUCCUACAUGGAUGAUAAGCCAGUCACCUCUGAUGCCUGUCAGUGCUUUAAAGAUUUUUGGCACCAGGACACGGUGACCUCUGAAGAUGGGGUUGGUGUUGACCUGAAGGAAGAAGGAAAGUUCACGAGGCAAUAGGCCAGUCCACAGCAACAGUCCGUCCACUGCUCAUCUGGCCUGGAAGGAGACUGGACUGUUAUGUUUAAUAAAAUAAGUCUGUGAAAUAGUUUUUGUAUUCAGUACUGUACACGCUGUUGCUCACAUGAGCUUGGUUUUUGCAAAACAGAAAAUGAAAUUGGAUGUUUCUACAACAUGGUUUAUUUCGUAACUCAUGUUGUAACAGAGUUAGCUAUACAUAAACAUGGUUCUUAUUUUAAAAUUAACACUAUGUGUUCAAUUUCCUUAUGGGCUUCUGAGAAUUGCCAUCUUCCCUCCAUGGACCCUCGUUUACUAUUGUAAUUAUACGAUAUGAAGUAAAUGAAAUAACUAAAGAGAGAGAAAUACCACUGUGGCUAGACACACACACACACACCUGCCUAUGUGUACAUACAUAUGU